AGCGCAUGCGUAGCAGCGGGGGCAGGAGGAGCGGAAUCAGCGUUGUCUGCUGCUGCCGUUGCCGUGCUUGGCUCUGCUCGGGGGCCUGGGCGGGGGGAGCGGAAUGAGCCGUCACCUGGCUCGGCCUCGCGCACGCUGGGCAACCGCCGCCGCCCGCCAGCGACCCUCCUGCCGCCGCGGGGUUUCCGGCGCCCAGUAGUUACCGCCGCGGAGCGGCCCCGGAGCAGCGCCCGGAAUCCGCCUGCCCGGCCCCGCGAGCCCGGCAUGUGGCCCAGUGGGUGCGGGGGGCGCCGGCGCAGCCCGGCCUCUCGCCGCUGAGCCGGUCGCUGCAGGGCCGGGCCGGGCCGGGCCGGGGGUGGCUGUGCCGUGACCGAGCGGCCCGGGGCGAGGAGCAAGGGGACGGCGCCUGCUGAGCUGGUGUGGGGAAGCCAAGGGUGGACGCGCCGGCGGUUGGAUCGGCGCACGGCUCGGUGAGCGCUGAACAGCUGCGGUUUGCCGCUCUCCGGCUGCCCCGGUCCUGGCUGGCGGAUAUGAGAUGAUAUAAACUCUCCGGUCCGCUGUUAGAGGGACAAUGACCACCCCCGCUCUGCUGCCCCUGUCUGGGCGUAGAAUCCCCCCCCUGAACCUUGGGACCUCCUCCUUCCCACACCACAGGGCUACCUUGAGACUGUCCGAAAAAUUUAUCCUCCUCCUCAUUCUUAGUGCCUUCAUCACCCUCUGUUUUGGGGCAUUCUUCUUCCUCCCGGAUUCUUCCAAACACAAACGCUUUGAUCUGGGUUUAGAGGAUGUGUUAAUUCCUCACGUGGAUACCAGCAAGGGGGGCAAAAACCUUGGAGGCUACUUGAUCCACGGGCAAGGACACGAUGAGCACAGGCACAGAGAAGAAGAGGAACGCCUGAGAAAUAAGAUCCGAGCAGAUCAUGAAAAAGCUCUAGAGGAGGCAAAAGAGAAGCUGAAGAAAUCUCGAGAUGAGAUUCGAGCAGAGAUUCAGACAGAAAAGAACAAAGUAGCCCAAGAAAUGAAGAAGAAAGAGAGCAAGCCUCUGCCACCUGUACCAGUACCAAACCUCAUAGGGAUAAACAGUGAAGACCCAACAGAUAAGGACAUCCGAGAGAAGAGGGACAAAAUUAAAGAGAUGAUGAAACAUGCCUGGGAAAAUUACAGGCAAUAUGGAUGGGGGCAUAAUGAACUCAAACCCAUUGCCAGGAAAGGACAUUCCACCAACAUAUUUGGAAAUUCGCAAAUGGGUGCUACCAUAGUAGAUGCUUUGGAUACUCUCUAUAUCAUGGGGCUUCAUGAUGAAUUCAGAGAAGGACAAGACUGGAUUGACAAAAACCUUGAUUUUAGUGUGAAUUCAGAGGUGUCCGUUUUUGAAGUCAAUAUUCGCUUCAUUGGUGGUCUUCUAGCAGCAUAUUACCUUUCAGGACAGGAGGUGUUCAAGCUCAAAGCAGUGCAGCUGGCAGGAAAGCUCCUUCCGGCAUUUAACACACCCACAGGCAUUCCCUGGGCAAUGGUGAAUCUGAAAAGUGGUGUUGGUCGAAACUGGGGCUGGGCCUCUGCAGGCAGCAGCAUCCUGGCUGAAUUUGGUACUCUGCACAUGGAAUUUGUCCACCUCAGCUACCUGACUGGGGACCCUGUCUACUACAACAAGGUCAUGCACAUUCGGAAGUUACUUCAAAAAAUGGACCGGCCUAAUGGGCUUUAUCCAAAUUAUUUGAACCCAAGGACUGGGCGCUGGGGUCAGCAUCACACAUCCGUGGGCGGGCUGGGAGACAGUUUUUAUGAAUACUUAUUGAAGGCCUGGUUGAUGUCAGACAAAAUGGACACGGAGGCAAGGAAAAUGUACGACGAUGCUAUUGAGGCCAUAGAAAGACAUCUUAUCAGAAAGUCUAACGGAGGACUGACAUACAUUGGGGAAUGGAAGAAUGGGCACCUUGAGAGAAAGAUGGGCCACCUCACCUGUUUUGCUGGGGGAAUGUUUGCACUUGGAGCAGAUGGUUCCAGAGAUGAUAAGGCUGGACAUUAUUUGCAACUUGGAGCUGAGAUUGCACAUACAUGUCAUGAGUCAUACGACAGAACAACAUUAAAGCUGGGUCCUGAAGCGUUCAAAUUUGAUGGUGGCCUAGAGGCAGUGGCAGUGCGGCAGAAUGAAAAGUAUUACAUUCUAAGACCAGAGGUGAUCGAGACCUAUUGGUAUAUGUGGAGAUUUACACAUGAUCCCAAAUACAGGCAGUGGGGCUGGGAAGCAGCACAGGCUAUUGACAAGUACUGCCGAGUCAGUGGUGGAUUUUCGGGGGUCAAGGAUGUCUAUUCCUCAUCUCCUGCAUAUGACGAUGUACAACAGAGCUUUUUCCUUGCUGAAACUCUGAAGUAUCUGUAUCUGCUUUUCUCCAAUGAUGACCUCCUGCCUUUAGACAACUGGGUUUUUAACACAGAAGCUCAUCCCUUGCCUGUUUUACAUUUAGCCAACACCACACUUUCAGGAAAUCCUGCUUAUCGAUAAAAACAGCUCCAGGAAGAAGAGGAGAGACUGCACUCAGCUGUGUUUUGUUUACAUGGACCACUUGAGACUUUAGGCUGGAGAGGAGACAGACAUUUGGUUAAUCUGAGUCAAGACGCAGGGUGAGAAACAACCUCUGCCCCCAAAGCUCUUCAACCUGUAGAUAAGUAAACUCUGAAAUAAUUCCUUUUUAUACAUGACCAAAACAUGCUACUGGGGCAUUUGCAGGACAGAGACCUUGUGUGCUUUGAACCCGAACAGCAGAGUGGAGCCUGUUACUAGAUAUAGAGUCCAGCAGCCAAAGGAACCACAGGCUUCCUGGCCAGGGGCUGGAGUUUGCUGCUGCUGGCCUUGUCUCCUACUCAGAUGGGGUGUAUUCCAGAGACUAAGACAUUUGUUUUUUCUUUCUAUUUUGAUGAUGGCAUGAGCAAAGCAACAACAAAAAAGCAACGUAACUGCACCAGCAGCACCAGGAUUUGAAAAUUUUUCUGUACCUGUCUGACUUUUCUAAUCUGCAUCAGUUUGCCGAGACUGGCAGCCAUUCCCAGUGCCUCCUUUUCAUUUACCCCCUUCAUAACAAAGUCCAAAGACCUGUGAAGCACAAUCACACCCAGAGAACAGUUACCAAGCAUUUGUUUUUGUAAUUUACUGGCAGCACUGUGCUGUUAGUUCACCACACAAGAUAUGGACACAGAGCAUAGAAGACACAGCUAAGUGUUUCCCUUGAUCACCAAUCCUGUCAUAUGGAAAGGCUACACUCCCUUAUAUCAGUCCUUUUCUGCCACUUCCACAAAGAUAACAACAGAAAUUGCCCAUCCUGGUUUAUGUGGCAGACUGCAUCACAUUCACUGGGACACAGUUCUCUUUAGGUGAGAUAUAGUAGUUUGUAUCAUUGCAUUACAUUUGUCCAUGCAACCUGUGGUUUUCCUUGACUCUCGCUUUUAUUAUUUGGACAGUGCUCACAAAUCCUGCUUUGUAAAUCUGAAGUCUUGCCUUGUUUUUUGAGGUGUAUGGCAAGAGACCAAAACUGCCUCAGAUUUGGUUUAUUAAAACAAGUUUUAUCUGGGCCAUAAACUGCCCCAAUGCAAAGCCAACAUGAGAGUCUCUCUGGAAAAAUCUGUUACACACCAAUAUACCACAUAACUCAAGUUAAUCAGGCUGUGUUACCUGCAUACAUUUGGUCUAGUUAUUACAUAGUCCUGCCCUGAGUGCAGGGGACUGGACUAGAUGACCUCUUGAGGUCCCUUCCAGUGCUACGCUUCUAUGAUUUCCUCUGGACAUUGCUGGCUGAAGCAACCUCACUGUUCUGAGUUCAGGCCCAACAGCAUGAGUUAAGGGGGUAGUGCAUUUCAGUCUUCACUUACAGCAUAGGUGUCCUGACUCUUGUCUCCCAUUACUGAGAAUCUCUUCUCAUCUAUAGAAUAGAAUCCUGUGCACUCAGAAAUAACGCCUGUUAACAUCAGUAGGGUUUGUUUAAAGUGAGUUUCACUUGCUGCUUUAAUUUCUAAAAAUUUCCUUUCUUUCAGUUUUUCUGCUUAAAUGGGCAGCUCUGUACCAGGCAUCCUGUCUCGCUGACAGCUUACUAGAGAAAUGUCUUAAAUCAAUAUUGUAUGCAUAGACUGGAAUCAGAUUGUUGGUUACAUAUUUUAAGCAUUUCCUUUCCAGUCAGUUGGCAAUAAAACAACCUUAGAGAAGAUGGCUUAUUCAAUUAAAAGCAUAUAUAAGAUUCAUGCUAUUGGCCUUUGGGUCUGCCUACCAUGCCUCAGUGGGUAGAAUAGGAUAUUACGUGUAAGUCCUUUAUUUCCACACACCUCAGCGCCAAAUUUCCAACAUAUUUGAGAUCUUGAAGGCGUCUCCAUUUUGUUUUCUCAAAAUACAACAAAAGGGCAAAGUACCCCAUCGUGGGCUAUAUUUAUUUAAAGAAACUCAAUCUUCAAAAGCAAAUCAUCUCUCCCCCCAGCCCCAGCACCUUGAGAGCUAAAAAGGAUUCUGCUCACCUCCUUUUUUAUUAUUCUUCUUCACAGCUCCGAAGAUUCUUUCCCCAGGGUGACCGUCCUUCGAGCUGAGAAAGGGCUGGCUGUAGAUCAUCGUAAGGUGCUUCUGCCCUCUUCACACCAGCAGGAUGAACAUGCUGCCUUUACAAUAGUCCUGUUGUAGCUAUGUCAGUUCACUGCAGAGGGAAGUACUAUUACUAGGCAGCCAGCCACGAAACACCUUUGUCUUUGAUUCCUGUGACAUUUUUAAUUAUUUGAGCCUUUCUGGGCUCUCAGUACUUCAUUCCCCUCAUGUCAGCUUAAAGAGAGGUUUGGGUUUUUUUGCUUAAGCCCCUGAAAAUGAGCUUUCUAUAACAAGAACAUUGCCACAACAGGAACUCCAGGAAGGGAUGGAGACAGGAAAGUGCAGCCCACUGAGUGCUACAAUGAACUCCAUGGCCACCUUCAUCUUUGGUGCACAGCAGUGUCCUGCAGAACACUGUGUCCCCCCAAUAUGCAGUGUCUCAUCUUGGCCUGAGUGACCUGGCUACAAUCUGCUCCAUUUUGUAUAUCUAAAGUGGCAUUUAGUUUUUCCAUUUUUAGUCCCCAGUUCAGCAAAGCACAUAAGCCUGUGGCCUUAAUGCACAGACCAAGAACCAUGCAUGGAGAGAGAGAAUGGUAGAACCACUGACUCCCGUGAUGAGAAUCCCACCUUAAUGCUAAAUUUCCUUUACCCUUUGGCAUUAAUUUAAAGAUUAAAAAAUCAUCCCCUUGUCAUGGCAAUUCUGAUGUGGUGUACUCUAGGAACAAAUGUUAUCCAAAUGAUUGUCGCCAGAUUGCAACUUCAGUUUCAGAGGAGGAAGAGAGAGAGCUUGAAAAACACUCAAAUGCCAAGAGUUUUUAUCUUAGUACUAAUUACUCAAUUACUGUAAUUUGCAACACUAGUAAAAAAAAAUCAAUCUGAAAAAAGUCAAAGUAAUGAAUGUAGUAAAUAAUUCUGAUUCAAGUAAUUGUUUACUUCAAAUUAAAAUAAACUGAUUCUUUUUACUACUGCCACAAAAUAUAAUUUUCUAAUUAGAAAUUAAUGACUAAUUGAAGAGCUAGUGCUUUUCCAUUUUAAUAUUUUGUGAUAUUGAGUUGAGUUUUUCCAGUCCCAGUUUGAACCUGCACUUCAUUGCCUUAGUUCUGUAAGUCUCUCUGUGUUGAAGGGGGACUGAGGAAAAACAGGGAGUCUUUAGUAACAGGCUCUACCCCAGCCAACCCAUACUCCUCCUGGCCAGUGGAAGCACGGAAUGGCUGCCAGUCUCUUCAGAAGAAGGUCAAGGACAAAAUUCUAGAGUCCCAAAAAUAGAAACAUCAAACCUCUCACUGAUGUUUACUCUUUUCCCAUCCCACUGGUUUGAAUUACAGAACCACCACUCAAAUUAAUUGCCUGUGUAAGUCUCACUGGGGUUAAUUCACUGCCACAAGAAGUAUUUGAAUUUAGGUCAUGAGCCACUUCAUGGCAAGGGGAUUGUAAUUUUCUCCAGUCAGAUGUACAGCAAUGCCAUUUCUCCUGUGUGUAAACAUGCAACAGGUUCCAAAUAAAGGACAUUUGCUUCCUGUCAUCUAGUUAUCCCAGGGUCUGCUGGUUUCUACCAUAUCCCAAUUUAGAAUGCAGUCACCCAUCUCCCUCAAAGCUACUAAUGUGCUGCCUACUUCUAGAGUAAUACAUUUUGUGAACUAAUUGCUGUACUCUUCAUGCAUUGCAACAUUCUGGGCUGCCCCCAGAGCAGAAUGAGUUUGGCUGUCGUGAGUUCUGAGAAGGAUGUCCAUAAUAACCAGACAUGGAUGCUGAAGCAUCCAUCUUGUUUUCCUGACUUCAGGUGGUAGGCUUUUUCUCAGCCCUUUUCAGAGCUGGGAUACUGAUCAGCAGCAUGGAGUUAGCUGCAGCCAAGAGCUCAGACUCUGUUUUCUCUUGGGUACAUGUGGCAUACUAGGACAUUGUCACUUUCAUUCUGUUGCUGCUGUUUUACAGACUUUUCUGAAGGUAUAGAUACUUAUUUUUUUAACAGAGUGAUAUUUUAGUGUUAGCUGUCUCCAAGUCUUGUGCUAUAUCUUCUAACCAAACAAACACAUAGUUCUGGCUUUCAUUCAAGUUGCUGCUGUCUUGGUUGGCAAUUUCUACAGCACCCUGUGUUCUUACAGGAAGAAACAAAAGCAGAAAACAAGGUGUGCACUUGAAUCAUAGAAUCAUAGAAUAUCAGGGUUGGAAGGGACCUCAAGAGGUCAUCUAGUCCAACCCCCUGCUCAAAGCAGGACCAAUUCCCAACUAAAUCAUCCCAGCCAGGGCUUUGUCAAGCCGGGCCUUAAAAACCUCCAAGGAAGGAGACUCCACCACCUCCCUAGGUAACGCAUUUCUUGUGGCAGACUGGCUUUGCGAAAGACCCUGGAGAUCCCCAAACUGUCCAUUUUCUGUUUGCGUGCACUCAAGGUACGAAUGUGCAAUCCACAUCCCAAUCAGGCCUCUGUAGGCCAGGAUCCACCAGGAGCAAAGGCAUUAUUUUUAACAUUUUGGGCCUGAUUUUCAGAGAGGCUAAACAUCUGCAAUUCCCAGUGACUUAGCUGGAGUUGUGGGUGCCAAGCACACCUGACAGUUCCCUUCUUGGCUUUGCUCCAUUUACUGAAUAAGGCUAAAAUGACAUUCCAGCUGCUCACUUACUGCACAAAAUGCUCCUUAAACCUCUUAUUGAAGAUUUUUGUAUAUACAAUUGUAGCUAUUCUGGAGAUCCAGAGAACAAACCUGAAGUCAGUGGAAAGUCAGAGAAAGUUCUGUGGUUCCCAAGUCAGCUCAGGGUGUUUAGGUUCCCCUGCCCCAAACCUUAAAGAUGAUAACCCUCCAUGCACUGCCCCUGCUACUUCUCAUUCCUUGGUUGCGCACUCUGAACCAGUGUUUUCCAAACUUUUGAAUGCUGUGGAAAAUGAAACCAAUCACACUCUUCUGGGAGCCCCGCCAUGUGUUGUUAAAGGCCUACAGAUCUUAAUUUAUACACCAUCUGGGCUCCCAGAUGCUCCUCCCCCUUGUCUCUUUUGGAAAUGCUGGUGUAGAGUUUCAUCAUAGGAUAUUUCCUCUGCUUUCCUACCUAGUGUGGUGAGCAGUGAAAUGGUUAAUAAUGUGGACAUUUAAAGCAUCAUCACUGGGAUCUGAAUUAGCAUUCAUUGAAAUGCAUGGGGCAGUUCACACUUCAGAGCUAUCUUUUCAUGCUCUCUACCAACUCAGGCAGACAUCUCUGCACUAGUUACACUUAGGGUAUGUCUACACAUAAGCCACUACAGCUGCACUACUGUGGCGCAUCAGUGAAGACACUAUCUCCCAUCGGCGUAGUUACUCCACCUUCCCAAGAGGCGAUAGCUGGGUCAACGGGAGUAUUCUCCUGUCGACCUAGCACUGUCUACAUCAGGGAUUAGGUCAGAUUAACUGCAUCGCUCAGGGGUGUGGAUUUUUCACACCCCGGAGCAAUGUAGUUAUAUUGACCUAAUUUCCUAGUAUAGACCAGACCUUACUCCAUGUUUCUAAGGUUUUCACCACAGGCAUAACACCCAGAAAUUGACUUUAUUUUAAAGAAAUAAAUGCUGAUGCUCUGGAGGACAAUUGAGUGGUCUGACUGCACUCCCGCCAUAACCCUCAACCAGUCCUUCACUUGCCAUGUUUUGGGAAAUAUUACUUUGACCAAAAGUGCAGAUUGGGCUGUCAUACUGAGAGCAACUUGAGCUCCAUUACUGGUUAACGUGUGCACCGUUCUAUAAGGGAGGGCAAGCACUGGUUUCUACAACUGCUCUACAGUUGCCCAAAAGGUUGGGAACCACUACAAGCUAGAGGGAAGACUGCAUAGCUUGGUUCAGUCAGAAUCUGUUGUUUUUAAUCCCUGUCACUCUCGGUGGAAGUUGUACUGUCGUUCUGCCGCACUUUCUUUGCAUAAAGUUCACAGAUUAUUUUUCCUCUGAAAUAACAGAGGGGCAAGAGACAACCUUCUGAUUUGGGAACUUUCUGGCUGCCUCCAACCUGGUACCCUGCAUAUGUACUUUUUACAGAUGAAAAGUAAUAUUGUAUAUAAAAAAUAUCAAAUAAAGAAUGUCUUUACGUGAAAAA